AAUAACGAAUUAGUAGAUUUCUCAAAAAGGAAAUCCUUGAUUUAUUAACCCUAAUUCUUUUCCUACUAGAACUGGUGUGUUUGUGUGUGUGUGUGUGUAUAUAUAUAUAUAUAUAUUCACGAGCCUUUAGAUCUGCCUAAAAGCUUCAAUCUCCAUUGUUUAUUCUGGUCUUUUGUUCAUUCUUUCGCUUGAUCUCUUUGUUCUCUCAUUGAUCGAUCUCGUAAACAUGUUUUGCCACCGUCUGUAUCUGAAGGAAGCUCGCACUGCUUACUUCUUAGUGAUUUGUUCUGCCUCAGUGUUCAUUUAAUACUCGAGAUCAUCAGACUCAUACAUAUUCCCUUUCCUCGUUUUCGAUCUCCUCCAUUCUUAAACACAUAAGAUUUCUUGCCUUGUAUAUUUUCUUCUCGUUGUUUGUUUCUUGGGCUUUCGACGGUGGGUCGAGUUUUUUCUCGUCAAACAUGCCGUACGUUAGAUCAGAUCCGUCCGACAAAGACGCCGAGCCGUUCGUGGAGGUUGAUUCAACGGGACGGUAUGGGAGAUACGGUGACUUGCUCGGUGCCGGAGCGGUGAAGAAGGUGUAUCGAGCUUUCGAUCAAGAAGAGGGAAGAGAGGUGGCUUGGAACCAGGUUUUGUUGAUAAGGUUCUUGGAUGACAAGGCGAUGUUGGACAGGAUACGCAAGGAGGUUGUUUUGCUGAGAACUUUGAACAACGACAACAUUAUCACAUUGUUCAGUUCAUGGAUCGAUCAAGAGCACAAAACGUUGAACUUCAUUACCGAGUUUUGUACAUCCGGAAAUCUGAGGGAGUAUAGGAGGAAGCAUCCGAACGUCUCGAUCAUGGCCCUGAAGAAGUGGUCGAGACAGAUUCUGAGGGGUUUGGAGUAUCUCCAUUUGCAUGAGCCAUGCAUAAUUCACAGAGAUCUCAAUUGCAGUAAUGUUUUUAUCAACGGCAAUAAUGGAGAGGUGAAGAUUGGAGAUUUGGGGUUAGCAGCAGCGACGGGAAAGGACCAUAUGGCACAUUCCAUUCUCGGUACGCCGGAGUUCAUGGCGCCGGAGAUUUACGAUGAGAAUUACACGGAGAAGGUGGAUAUAUACGCGUUUGGGAUGUGUGUGCUCGAGUUGGUGACAAUGGAAAUCCCGUACAGUGAAUGCGACAGUGUGGCCAAGAUAUACAAGAAGGUGACAUCUGGGGUGAAGCCUCGGGCAAUGAACAAGGUUAGCGAUUUGGACAUGAAAGGGUUCAUUGAGAAGUGCCUUGCGCCACAGUCUGAGAGGCCAUCUGCCUCUGAACUCCUCGAAGAUCUCUUCUUUGCUGGACUUGAUGAUGAAGAAAACUAAUGAUAUAAUUAGCUUUAGAUUUUUGCUUUCAGAAGUGUACAGUUAUAGUCAGACUUUGUAGCCGUUCCCUUCAUGUUCAUAUUUAAUUAAUAAUAAAUUAAAGUUUGAUGGUCUCUGUACGUAAU